UCCCUUCUCUCUCUCUCUCUCUCUCUAUUGACCCUUAUUUAGUUUUGUCCAACAGUGGUCAACGUUUCAAAUUCUUGAGGGUUUUUCAGUCUUGCAGUGAUGCAAGAGCUGAUUUUGUGUUAGCUGGAUGUUCAAUUUUUGUUGAAUGAGUUUAAUUUUGUGGUUUUCUUUGAAUCGGUCUAUUUUCUUUUUUUAAUGCCUUUUCUUACCGAGUGGUUUUGAUAUUAAUCUGUUUGGUUGAUGUGAAAAAAAAAAAAAAAAGGAAACUCAAUCGCCAAGGCAAUUGCUUAUUCCCUUUCCACAAAAAUAAAGAAAGUUUAGAUUUCUGCUUUUUUCCUUUUCAAAAUUUUCUGCUAAACUGGUGAUUAUCCCCUUCAAUUUUCUCAGUGGCCAAACGUGGGUUUAGUUCCUUUGCUGAUACCCGACUGAAGGUUUUGCCCUUCUAUGGUUUUGAUUUCUCUAUUGUGAGAUAGAACUGAAAUUAUCUGUCUUCUUCUGAAUUUACACUGUCAAUUUUGGCAAUUUCCUCGUCAUUUCCGUCAAGGACGGGUCUUGGGUCUUGGGUCUUUUGUCUUUUUAAUUUUGGUUUCUGGUGCAAUCGAGGGGGAAGAUUUAUGGUAAUGGGUUCUGCUUAUUUUCUCAUUCUUUUCUUGAAUUUAGCUGGGCCAAGUAAGUUUCUUGGUCUUCUUGAGUAAUGAAUCUCUGCUUCUGUAUCUGCAUUCUGCAACGUAAGUUCAUGUCUUUGAAGGGAAAAUGAAGCUGUUAUUAUGCUGAUGCCUUUUUAUUUUGUUUGUUAAACAGAAUGAAGAUUGUUAAAUUAUCCACUGCAUCUUGUAUCCAGUAACUUGAGUUGCUUGUUACAACUUGUUUAAGUAUUGGGACAAGAGGACAUCUGUUCUGUACUGUGCAUUUGACAAGUGACAUGAAGGUGGUAAUCUCAGUCUGAGAUUCUAUGCUUCUGUCAUUUCCAUUGUUUUGGUGGACUUAGAUGGAUGUUUCCUCAACAGAGCGACAUUCUGUAAGUCAAACUGAAACCUACCCAUUGUUAAUGGAGCGACCUGAGAGUCUUAGCGCUAGCGAGCACAUUAUUGACAUACCAAGGAGCAGUGAUUCCUCCCCAUCAACGUCUCAUGAUAGAACUGCCAGUGGUUUGGAAGCCUCGUCACACAUAGACAGACCUUCAACCAGUGUGAGAACAUCUCUUCCUCAACCUUCAACAAUGACCUCUGGUGGUAAUGGAUCAAACACGCGCAACUCAUCAUUCAUAAGGAGAGGUGAAGCUCGUCGGCGAAGGAGUCCGUUGAACUCUGGCUUAUGGAUUUCUGUAGAAUUGGUUCUCACAAUUAGCCAGAUUGUUGCAUCUAUUGUUGUUUUGUCCGCGUCAAGGAAUGAGCAUCCGCGGGCACCAUUGUUUCCUUGGAUUGUUGGUUAUGCAUCAGGAUGUGUUGCAACCCUUCCCCUUCUGUAUUGGCGUUAUCGUCAUCGUAACCAGGUUUUAGAGCAAGAGUCAACUCAAUCUCGUCAGGGUUCUACACAUAUUACUGUUCCAGCAGGACCUUAUUCUGUUUCAGUCAGCAGGAGUUCAGAAGCAGAUGAUCGCCGAACUGCUACUACAUCAUCUAGAAGUAGUCUAAAUUCUGAAGCACUAAAUGCAAGACUCAAGACUCUGGUUGAAUACUUCAAGAUGGCUCUAGAUUGUUUUUUCGCAGUUUGGUUUGUGGUUGGCAAUGUGUGGAUCUUUGGAGGGCAUUCGUCUGCUAGUGAGGCUCCAAACAUGUACAGGUUAUGUAUAGUGUUUCUUACCUUUAGCUGUAUUGGAUAUGCAAUGCCCUUCAUUCUGUGUGCGACGAUCUGCUGUUGCUUGCCUUGUAUAAUUUCUCUUCUAGGGUUUAGAGAGGACCUGGGGCAGACAAGAGGAGCCACAGCAGAAUCCAUUGAUGCCUUGCCAACAUACAAGUUUAAGGUGAGUAAAAACAGGAACAGUGAUGAUAGAGAUAGCAACUCAGGUGCUGUUGAUGGUGGAAUUGUGGCUGCUGGAACAGAGCAUGAGCGAAUGAUCUCUGGAGAAGAUGCGGUUUGCUGCAUUUGUUUGGCAAAAUAUGCAAACAAUGAUGAACUGAGGGAGCUACCCUGUUCACAUUUUUUCCACAAGGAGUGCGUUGAUAAGUGGCUGAAGAUCAAUGCUUCUUGUCCUCUUUGCAAGAGUGAGGUCGGUGAAAGUAUUAUUGGUUCGCUCUCUGGGUCAAAUUCUAGAUGAAUUGAUCUUCAUCAUAGAAAAAGAGUAAUGUCAUAUAUAUAAUUUACCAAUUUGGCAUUUUGUAAAGUGCUAUUGCAAUUUUUUUUCCCCUUUUGAAUAUGGAUUGAUAAAUUUCUGUACGAAUCCAUUCAUCUUUUUCAAUCUGCCAUUUUUACUUGCCAA